UGAUGUAAUAUUAUAUGUCCUUGACAAUAUCCGGCUUGUGUGUGUGGACUUUGGUAACGAAAACGCGUGCCCUAUAUUGAUUAUUUUAAACCGAACCUGAUAACCUGAAGUGAAAAACGCACAAAAACGUUCAGCUAGGAAAAAUGUCAGCGGAAUUCAAUAAAGCAGCAGAGGAAGUGAAGAAUUUGAAAACCAAACCUAGUAAUGAUGACAUGUUAAUGAUAUACAGCUUAUUCAAACAGACAACUGUAGGGGAUGUUAAUACAGCAAGACCAGGAAUGUUAGAUCUUACAGGAAAGGCUAAAUGGGAUGCAUGGGAAAAACAAAAAGGUAAAUCCAAGGAGGAUGCAGAGAAGGAGUAUAUUAAUAAAGUAUCAGAAAUGAAAGGCACCUAUGGAUUUGACAGUUAACCUAUAUAUUAUAUGUAGAUUGUUAAACCAUGAGUUGGAUGGACUUGACAGUUGAUCCUGUAUUAUGAAAUCGAACAAAUUUUUUUAAAUUUUGACUGGCAUCUUUAUAUGAUUAUUGUGAUUCAACAUGAUUUUCUUUGAUACUUUUUUGUUUACUAAAUAUACAUUUUUUUAUUAAUAUUUUAAAUUUGUGUAGACCUUACAUAAUUAUGUGACAUUAAAUUGAAUACUUAAACUGGUACAUUUCUGUAGUUAUUACAGUUUUAAAUCUUUUCAGGGUAAAUAGAUACUUUUUUGUUUGAUAAAGAUAUUGCAAUAAAAAGAUAUGUGUUCUUUUAAAACAUUUAAGAAAAAUACAAUUCUUAUUCUAUAAAUUAAUAUUUGAAAGAUCUACAUGUGUUUCAUCUGUGUAUGUUAUUUUGUGUGUUUUUCUCUCACGAAGAUGUCUUGUAUUUCAUGAUUAAAAACUGAAAUGCUACUAGCCACUUCAGUUAAAACAUUAUACAUUCAAAUAACACUUUUUAGUUCACCUGAGACUCAUAGAGCUGGUGUUACCUUUUCUCAUCACCUGGCAUUCAACAUCCAUAAACUUUUAAGCAUUCUUUUUUUUAAAGUAAAUUUGGAUGGAGCAAUUAAAGGAAAUGUCUCAACAAAAAUUCAUUAUGGGUGAAUGUAUAAAAUAAGAGGCAAAUCUUUAUUUUACUGACACACUUUUUUUUUUAUUGAAACCAUUACUAGUAUGUAAACUGUUUUAAAAAGUAUCAAUGGACAUCUUAACAAAGGAUUUUGUUUACUAAAUACUGAAAAGGGUCAGUGAAGGUAUAUAGUUACCAUUGGAAAAAAGCUAUUCUAUUUUGAAACAUGAAUUCAUAUUAGGAUUGAGAAUUGAGAACAGCAACGAUAUUUUUGGAUGUCUUGUAGGUUCCCCUUGAAGUCUAGAGCAUUUCAUCAUAUUUUCUAAAUUUAAAUGAAAAUUUGGACCACAGUUUGCAGGAAUAGUGUAUUAAAAGUCCCUUACAAAACAAUUCAAAUGUUUGAAAACCUGUUUUGCAAGAAGCAAUUUAGGAUUUAUAUCGGUCAGAUUUUAUAUUACUUCUAAAUCUCUGUUGAACACUAUGUGAAAUCACAUGAAUCUGGUGAUCAAUACAAGCUCUUGAGAACUUGAAUGUUCCCCAAAUUAUACACAAAUUGUUUUUAUGAAUAAAAAUGCUUUAUAUUAUAA